AAACAUUUUUUUACGAAAUUGAAAAUUUUGUCAAACUCAAAAAAACGGCGCUUUCAAAUAGCCUAAAGAAGAAAUAAAGCUAAUUAUAAUAAAAGAUUAAAGAAAUAAAAUGGAUACUGGCGAAGAUAAAAGACCGGAGUGGGGAAAAAAGUUAUCGCAACUUGUGCCGAUACCGCAACGGGUCAUCAUGUCUAUAAUGGGAUUUCUAUCGAUAAUUAACAAUUAUACGCUACGUAGUUGUAUUUCCGUUACAAUUACACGCUUAGUUUUAGAGCGCAAGUAUUCCAAUGAAACAACAGCGAGUGGUGAUGUUUGUCCCAAACCAGAAGUAUCCGUUGAAGAAGAAAAAGUACCAGGUGGUGAAUAUGAUUGGUCACAAGAACUGCAAGGUUAUAUACUUGGCGCUUUCUAUAUCGGCUACAUAUUGGGACAUGUACCAGCUGGUUUGCUAUCCGAAAAAUAUGGCGCUAAGUGGGUGUUGGUGUGUGGCAUGUCGACAGCAACGAUCUUAACACUAUUAACACCCUUAUGCAUAACAAUACUCGGACCAUAUGCUUUAAUUGGGCUACGUACUAUAAUGGGUUUCGGCGCAGGCGCUUCAUAUCCAUCGUGUAGCUCAUUGCUAGCGCAUUGGGUACCCAUACAUGAGCGUAGUUUACUUGGCGCUUUUAUAAUGGGCGGCGGUCAAAUGGGCACCGUGCUGAGUAAUAGUAUGUCGGGUGCUUUACUGCGUUACACUACAUGGCCUUGGGUAUUUUAUACAUUUGGUGUAAUGGCCACUUUGUGGAUUCUCUUUUUCAUAAUUAUGUGUUUCAGUGAUCCCGAUUCGCAUCCCUAUAUCAGUGACAAGGAAAAGGAGUAUCUAAUGAAACAUAUUGGUCGUCUUGGACGUGAUCACAAUUUACCCCCCUUCCCUUGGGGGCCCGUAUUUAAGAGUAAAGAAAUGUGGGUGUUGCUUGCCGCACAAAUUGCGCACGACUGGGGUUUUUAUGUCAUGUCUUCAUGUUUUCCGAAAUUCCUAAAUGAUGUGUUGCAAUUGCAAAUUCUUAAAACCGGCAUAUAUUCUUCGAUACCGUUCUUGUUAUUUUGGUUAUCUUCGCUAUUGUUGGGCGCAUUAGCCGAUUGUAUAAUUAAACGUGAUGUGACACGUGCAACAUGUGUACGCAAAUGGAUGACGUUCAUUGCUGCAACACCUUCUGGGCUCUUUAUGGUUAUAGCCGUAUAUAUAGGUUGUGAGACAGUAUGGAUAAUUUUAUGUUUCACCAUCUCAAUGGCGCUCAUGGGCGGCUAUUAUGCUGGCAUAAAACUAACUGCCAACGAUAUGACCCCCAAUUAUUCGGCUACUGUUAUGGCCAUUGUAAACGGUUUGGGUGGCAUAGCUGGUGUACUUGCACCAUAUUCUGUCGGUUGGAUUACUAAAAAGACGGUCUUAUCUGAAUGGCAGCAAGUAUUUUGGUUGGCGCUUGCUAUCUUAACUGUACCAACAAUACCAUUUUGUAUAUGGGGCACAGCAGAAGUACAAGGUUGGAAUGAGCCGGCCAAGAAGGAUUAAUUGAUGCCA